AAACUGUCGUCUUCGCUCCAAGAAACYAUGACAAAGAAYGAUGAGAUGAACCAGGAACUUGAGAAAUUACGUAAUAGUUGUCAGGACCUUGAAGAAAAGCUACAGGUUGCUAACUUGAACAAGGACAUGGCUGAAGAAAACGCCGAUGAACUGAUUGAAGAGUUAGAAAGGACACAAAAGUCUGAAACUCAGAUGUUCAACGAGAAAGAAGAGAUGAAAUCGAAGUGCGAGCGAUUAAUGGAGGAAAAGCUGAAAUUGGAGACGACGAUACGUAAACUGGAAGAAGAAAACGCAAARAAGAGUGGCCAUCAGAAUCAACAACAAAAGAUUAACUACUUACUGGCAAUCAAACGUGAAAAUAAUGAGCUCCAAAAGGAACUACGCAAGUUGAGAAACGAGAAAGAAAAAUGUCGGUGUACCGGGGAUCUAGYAGCAUCKUAAAAGACCGAUAUAUCRUGAUGACYACACCCAAAASCAUACACYKAUAUUAUGGAACGUGAUACACAACGAGUCGGCAUAUAUCGACAAUUAUAGYAUUAUAUAACCUAUUUUUUACAAGACUAUAGUAUAAUAUUAUCUUCACUGCUAUGAUAGGGCAAAUACCUUGUACUCGAACAUUGUAAGUAUUGCACGGUGACCACACCCAUAGUGUUCUACUCUCGCUGCAUCUCAGGAGAUUAACACUUUUUAAAGUGUUUUUAAAGUGUUAAAACGCCUUGACUGUAUUAUACUUUCUCUUUCAUGRAAUUGAUGCUUGCAACAACCGGCUUGCACGCUUUAAUAAUAUGUGRUUGGUUCCGUUUAUGUCGACCUUAAGUAUUCUACAUGACAGACAUACCUAUUAUUUCAUUUUAAACUCUUUCGUCUGCACUUUUGUGAUCUUAAAGAAUUUAUUUUUUAAUAAAAUUAGUUUAUUUAGAUAGUGGCAUUCACCAAGCUGAAAA